AUGAAUGAUGACAAACAAUCAUUUGUUUCAUUCACCGAAAGAGAAGGAUUCAAAAUUAAACGGAGGAUGAUAAAUGAUUUUUAUCCAUUUUCAUCAAAAGGAUACUCAUUACUUGAGUUAUGUUGCUAUUAUGGAUCUGUAAAGUGUUUCAAGUUUUUGAAAGAACAGUAUCAACCAGACAUCACUAAAAAGUGUCUCAAAUUUUCGUUUUUGAGUGGUGUUCCAGACAUAAUGAAUGAAUGCUUAAGAUAUCAAGUACCAACUCAAAAAUGCAUGAAAUAUGCAAUAAUUUCACAUAACAUCGACUUUGUCUCUUUCUUAAUACGAGAAUACAACUUACAAAUAGAUUUAAGAGAAUGUUGUGAAUACAACAAUCUUCAUGCAUUUUUAGUUUAUCUUGAUCAAACGAAAGAUAUAAAUAAAUGUUUCCCAUAUGCAGCACUAUUUAAUUCACAAUGUUUAAUGGUGCAUCUACUUUCUCAUGGUGCGAAGAUCAAUUCCAAAACAGAAGAAGGAGAUAGCGCUCUCCAUCUUUCAGUAAAAAAUAACUAUUCAAAAAUGGUCGAAUUCUUAUUAUCUCAUGGGAUCAAUGUUAAUAAAGAAAAUAUAAAUGGAGACACAGCACUUCAUAUAGCCUCAAAAUGUAAAAAUAUUCAAACUGUCAAAACAUUGAUAGCUCAUGGUUCCAAAAUAGAUUCUAAAAAUAAAAAUAAAGAAACGCCGUUAUAUUUGGCGACCUUGAAUAACAACAUUGAAACUGUGAAUUUUCUUAUUGAUAAUGGUGCAAAUGUCAAUUUAAUGACAAUUGCAGGCCAAACUGUCCUCCAUAAUGCUGCGAUGAACAAUAAUACCGAGUUGGCAGAAAUUUUCAUAGAACAUGGAGUCAAUGUAAAUGCACAAAAUGACCAGAAAGUUACUGCUCUGCAUUAUGCAGCAAUCAACAAUAACGUCACAAUUGCAGAACUUCUAAUCACACAUGGUGCAGAUAUCAAUUUAUAUGAUGAAAAUCACGAGUCGGCACUUCAUUAUGCAGUUUUUAACAAUAGUAAAGAAGUGAUAGAACUUCUAUUCUCAUAUAAUUUAGACAUUCAGAAUAAUAGUGAAACAAAUUCUUAUAUUCAACAAGAAAUAGAUAUUAAUUCUAGAAAUUUAAAUUAUGGUUGUUGUCCUCUUCAUCUCGCCUUAUGGAUGAAUAAUAAGGAUAUUGCUGAAAUUCUAUUAUCUCAUGGGGCAAAUAUAAAUGCAAGGACAAUAGAUGGCAAAAUACCUCUUCAUUUUGCAGUUUUGCAUCAAUCUAAUGAUACACUCGAAUUUCUGAUAACUCAUGGAGCAGAUAUCAACGCAAUAGAUUAUAGUGGACGAACAUCUCUUCAUUAUGCAGAAUUAUUUAAAAAUUUUGAAGCAGCAAAGCUUUUAAUAUCAUAUAAAGCAGAUAUAAAUAUAUCAGAUAAUGAUGGAGUUACUCCACUUUAUAUUGCAUUUGAAAAUAAUUAUACAGAAAUUGUAAAAUAUCUGAUCGAACGUGGAACAGACUUAAAUAGCAAAAGUAAGGAUGGAAGAACUGCAAUUCAUCUUGCUGUUAUAAACAACAACAGUGAAUUUAUAAAUUUCAUUAUCUCAAAUGGAGGUGAUAUUAAUGCUUAUGAUAAAAGUGGAAAAACUGCUUUAAUAUAUGCAUGUCAAAAUGAUAAUCUCGAGAUUGCAAAGUUCCUAAUCUUAUCUGGUGCUACAAUUAAUAACUUCGAUCAUGAGAGGAGUACUGCCCUCUAUUAUGCUAUUAUUAAUAAGAAUCCGAAAAUGGUUAAUCUUCUUCUCUCACAUAAUGCAAAUAUUGAUAAACCACUUUAUCUAGGAGAAACUUAUCUUCAACUUGCCGUUGAACAAAAUAACCUUGAAAUUAUAGAAAUUUUACUAUCAAAGGGAGUUAAUAUUAAUGAAAAAGAUGAUAACGGAAGGACAGCACUUUUUUAUGCUGCCAAACUAAGAAACGAUUCGGUAAUAGGAUAUCUUUACUCACAUGGAGCUUUUAUUCUAGAACGAGAUUUAACUUAUUCUACAGCUCUUCAUUUUGCUGCAAGUUAUAAUUCAGUAACAACGGCAAGAUUUUUGAUAUUAAAUGGAAUUGAAAUCGAUGCCAAAAAUUUUGAUGGUGAGUCUGCACUUCAUAUUUCUUCAAAUAAAAAUUAUACCGCAAUGGCUGAACAACUUCUUUUAAAUGGUGUUAAUGUAAAUUUGAGAAAUAAUGAAGGAUGCUCAGCACUACAUUAUUCAGUGUCAAAAAACCAUCAAGAGAUGGCUCAGCUGCUUCUAUCACAUGGUGCAGACGUCAAUUUAAGAGAUAAUCUAGAAAGAACUCCUCUCCAUUAUAUUUCUUUGAAAUAUAUGGAAGUGCCACAAAUGAUUACACUUCUUAUCUCACACGGUGCAGAUAUUAAUGCAAGAGAUCAUCAAGGAAGAGCACUUAUUCAUUAUGCUGCUGAUGGUUCUUUUUUUGAAGUAAUUGAAUGUCUCAUUUCGCAGGGUGCAGAUGUCAAUAUUGCAGAUUAUGAAGGAAAAACAGCUCUUCAUAUUUUAGCUGGUAAAAAUGAUGAAAAAUGUUGUAAAUUCCUUAUUACUCAUGGUGCUGAUAUCAAAGCUAAAACUUAUGAAGGGAAAACAGCUCUUAAUUUUGCAGUUGGUGAAUACUAUGAGUAUAAAUCAAUAAAAAAACUUCUGAUUUCUGAAGGUGCAGAUAUUAACGAAGAAGAUUUUCAUGGAGUAACACCUAGAUAUUUAAUACGACAAAGAAGAUGCAAUAAAUUUUGUAGUGGGUUAAAGUGUUGUACAAUUAAUCUAUUAAUAAUAGUAGCAGUAUUUGGACCGAUUUUAUUGUUUUUGUGGUUAUUAGACAAAAUUUUAACAAAAUAG